GCGCACUAAGUGCGCAUUCAUGUGACACACUUCGAAGAAUACAGAAGCUACUCAGACGAUUAAAAUAAUAUUACGCUGAAAAUAAUCGACAGUGGGACUUUGAUUUCUAAUAAAACAGUGGUGAUUUAAAGUUGUGCUUGUUUGGACAAUUUACAAAACAUUUUAAUAAGUUUAAAAUGGGUAUGAUUUCGCGUGUGCGAGGCCGCAUUCGUAGUGACUCUUUCUCGAAGAUUCACACGAUCAAAUCUGGGGAUAAGCUUGGCAAUAUCGUGUGGCUUUUAUCCCUAGUCCUGCUGCUCCCGUACUGGGCGCCUCGAGGCCUGCUGGUGGCUCUCGGCGGAGCAUGGCUCAUGGCCGCCUACACCUGCCUCGUAGUCCCAGUGCUCAUCUCAGCCAACUACAAGUACCCAGCGAGCUGGUACCCUGCCGUGGUCAAACUCGCUCAAGAAUUGGCGAAGAAACUGCGGGCGCCUGUGGCUAAAGUCAUGGGCGUGGUGAAAGCUGUGUACGCGCCGGUUGAGCGCGCUGAGAAUUUGUUCUUGCAGAUGAACAAUCUUUCAACUAUGAUUGGACAGUUGCUGAUGUUUACCGCCUGCGACCGCCUGUUUGUAUCUCAGGGCCGGCUCACCAGUCUCUACUCCCUGAUGUUCUACAACGUGGUGACCUACUCAGUCAGCUACGUGCGAGAGAUCUGCACUAAAGAGGACUGGUCUCCCUACGUCAAUGUCACCCGCCAUUCCCGCGUCAAGCAUCUCGCUAUGUCAGCCACCAAAAUUGUUCUGGAGUGGACGAAAGCAGUCACUUUCAUUGUCACCAUAACAUUUGUACUCCUGGCUCUGGGACUGGAACAAGGAUUGGAGCAUUACAAACCCACAGCCUUGUACACAGCUAUUACUGGUACAUACUACCUUCUUACUGAACGGACUUUCCUGGAACUGUGGCCUAUUGGACUUGCUGCCUUAAAAUUAGAAAGAUUAGAAGGCAUGGAAGCACUGUAUUUCGGGGCUUGGGCGAGAGGGAUCGUCACAGCAUUAGCCCUGCCUUUAGUGCCGGCGCUGGUGUGGUACGAGCGGUGGAGACUAGCCGCUCUCCUCAUGUAUGUGUGUGUCUUUGUUCACGGAAGACACAGGCUGAUGGAAGCCCUUAACAAGCUGCAGGAGGCUCGGGGUUCCUUGGCCAAGUUCAGGCGAGCCACGGUGGAGGAACUCGCGACCCUGGAGGACGUGUGCGCCGUGUGUCUGGGCACCAUGAAGUCAGCUCGCGUCACACCGUGCGCGCACUUCUUCCAUGCAGAUUGUUUGAGGAAAUGCCUCGCUGCCUCUGACAGGUGUCCAAUAUGUGUCAGGACAUAUGUCUUCUGUUGAUCAUGGACUGGUAACAUUCGGAUAAGACUGCUAGAAACGAAAGUAUAGACAUCACCAUUUCUAUUUAGAUCUGGAGGAUGUUUCGAUUAUAAUGGUGAUAUUUAAGAAAAUAGGAAUUAAGCAAAUAAUUAUAGUAAGCGAAUAGGUAGCCGGUCAUAAUAAGACCGCUGUUGUGGUGGAAUUAAUAUUAUUGUAUUGUAAUAUUUACAAAAACAUUACUUUAGGCAUUCUAUCGUUAUCGUCCCCAUCUGUUGUUGCAUUAUUUAAGUAAAUUAAGGAAAACGAUUUUAGUUUCGAAUAGUUUCGAUUUUUUCACGAUCUUUAUUAGACAAUUUCAGAUCUUCAGAUCUAUAGAAGGUCAUGUGCUUUUUUAUUAAUAGAAAAACUAAUUAUGUUUAAUGCAAGCCAAAAUUAAUGGUCAUUCUGACGUAGGCAGGCUGCGCAGUAUUAAUUUUCUCUUAAAUUGCUUAGGUACUGCGCAGCUACUCACGACACGUUCAGAACGUCCGAAGACCUGCAGCUCUAUCAAAGUGACAUUUCUACAAUCGUCAACAGAAAAUGCCUGAAUGUCCAUGUGCAUCUCCGUAAUGACGCGAUAAACAUUGAUGUUUUAAGGACUGUAGAAGUUCAUUCAUCACAGGUGAGGCUACGCUCAAUGUUUUCGGGUCGUGGAUGGGUCCCCAUAUAACGAGUUCUUCCGGGUUUUGGAAAGAAAGUUCAAUUCGUAGUCCCGGCUAAUAUUCAUUCAUCUAUGGCAGCCGUUACGGGUAAUUAGAAGCGAGAAAGUUUGAUAACCGGUCUUACUAAGGGAGUCUGAUAGGCGUUGUUCCUUGUAAAACACCGUUACUUAGCUGCGCCCGGUUUGACUGGAAGCCGACUCCAGCACAGUUGGCAAAAGGCUAGGCUGAUGGAGAUGUAGGUAAAAAUGUCACUUUGCUAGAGAGACUGACCACCUAUUAAAAUAAGGCUGUUGUCUUCUAUAACUGAGCAGCUUUAAUUGAUGGUGGAAUGAUUGGCAAUAACCUUAUGAUGUAUUGUUUAAUUGUUGUCGCUUAUUGCUGUACGGGUUCCAACUGUUCCAAGUGUUAACUUUGCUAGCGAGGAGACUAAAUAGGUAUAAAGGAUAGACGAAGCUGGAACGUUCAUGUUAAAUGUUGAUAAAUGUUCUGGAACCUUCCACCACCUUUAAAAGUAAGAUUGUUGCAAUUGUAAAAGCGAGAUGCUACUCUACUUUGUAUAGUGCGCUCUCUUUUCUUCAAUAGCAAUAGAUAGUCUUGUUUUUGCAAGUGGUGGUAGACCCUCAGGCUCAUGGAACGCGCCUCAUGUAGCUAGUAACAUAGGUGUUUAGAUAGCUACCCACGCAUUCUUUGGGUCCAACUUUGUAUUAAUGUUUUUUACAAUAAACUGAAGUUCGAUGUGA